CACCGCUCCCGGUCUCCUCUACUGGCAGCGUCGCGGCGACGCCUACAGGGGAGCGUUGACGCGGCGCCCCCUACAGCGGAGCGUUGACGCCUACAACGAACAUGGCUGCGGCAGUCAGGAUGGGGACGUGGAGCUGUCCGACCACAGGAGUUUUCUAUCCAUGGGGGAUCCUGGUUGUGGUCUUACUCAGCACCGUGGAAGCAGUCGUUGCUGCUCCAGAGCCCGGGCUUUGGAAGCUCCCUCUUGUUAAUACCUCCAGGCCGCUGCUGCUGAGGAAAUCGAUGUAUACAGACACUGACAUUCAGUUCAAAGUGGUGUCGUUCGGCUGUCCUGAGAAUGUGACCUUCACUGUUCACUGGAUGUUAAAAUAUUACCCCUGCCACAACGAGUUCAACAACAUAGAGGAAAUGUACGAGAGGACACCUUUAAGUCGGGGGGAGAGCCUGGACCCGAAUCCCCUCGGACAAGGAGAGUACAUCGAACACAAACACAGUCCCAUAACAUGCAACAACGGCCUGCGCUCGUUCCCAAUGUUCAAAAAAGCAAAGGCAGAACCACGCGCAGUCAGUCCUCCUGUGGAGGGAGAUGUUCCGGAUGAAAAUGACAGAAAGUGGAUCACUGAGGAGUACGCCGACAGCUCAGUGAAGAACAGCAGUUUAAAUAUCAAAGACAACGUCAUCGCGACGACAUGGAAGGACGGGCCUUACCUGCUGGUGGUUAAAAUCGUGUCCAGUAAACCGGACGCCAACUGGAACCUGACAGUUAACGUGGUGAUGAAGGGCAGCCAUGGAUACAUCUCUAUCACAGAAUGGCCUCUCAUGAUUUUCUACAUGGUGAUGUGCAUCGUGUACAUCCUCUACGCCCUGCUGUGGUUCCUGUGGGCCGCCUGCUACUGGAAGGACCUGCUGCGGAUCCAGUUCUGGAUCGCGGGGGUCAUUUUCCUGGGGAUGGUGGAGAAGGCCGUCUUCUGUGCCGAGUAUGAAAACACCAACUCUGUGGGCGCUGCUUCGACGGGCUUGUUGAUCUUCGCGGAGCUGGUCUCUGCCCUGAAGAGGACUUUGGCUCGAUUGCUGGUCAUCAUCGUCAGCCUUGGUUAUGGCAUCGUUAAACCUCGUCUGGGGACGGUGAUGCACAGAGUCGUGGGGCUCGGCGUCCUCUACUUUUCCUUUGCGAGCAUCGAAGGCGUCCUGAGGAUAACCGGGGCGAAAGACUCUGACUUGGCCCUGCUGGCCAACAUUCCCCUGGCUCUGCUUGACUCCUCUCUAUGCUGGUGGAUCUUUGUCAGCCUGGCACAAACCAUCAAGACUCUGAAGCUGAGGAGAAACCCUGUGAAGCUGUCUCUGUACAGACACUUUACCAACACGCUCAUAUUUGCAGUUAUUGCGUCCAUCAUCUUCAUGGGUUGGAUAGCAAAAAAGUUCCGCCUAGCAGACUGCCAGUCUGACUGGAUCGAGCUGUGGGUGGAGGACGCUUUCUGGAGGUUCUUGUUCUCUGUCAUUCUGUUUGUCAUCAUGUUCCUGUGGAGACCGUCUGCCAAUAACCAGAGGUAUGCGUUCACACCUCUCAUCGAUGACUCAGACGAUGAGGAGAUCGAGGAGUUCACCGCCUCUGCAAACAUCGCUGAUGGCAUUAAGUUGAGGUCGACCAAAAGUGAGACGAAUGGUUCAGUGAGGCCUCCAGAGCCGAACCCGGAUGAUGACUUGAAGUGGGUGGAAGAUAACAUUCCUAGCUCUCUGACUGAUGUAGCUCUACCCGUCCUGCUGGACUCAGACGAGGAAAUCAUGACGACCAAGUACGAGAUGUCGAAGCUGGAGUGAGGCGGACCGUCUCCAGACCUGGGCUGAAACGGACUCUUGACUCGGCCGCAGCCUGCUCCAGGAUUUCCAGAUGAGUGGUGGUGACGGUGUGCCAUUAGAGGUUUCAGUGGACCCUCCUUCAUGUCCUGUUGAUACUUGGCCGGGUGGAGCAGACCACAGUUUAGGAGGACUACUGCUUAUUUCCUCAUGUGUUCUUCAGAGCCACAGACUCUGUGAGAGAAGAAGUCUUUUCACUGACCAACUGUUCCCCUGAUCCGAUCACUUUGAGCCUUUCUUUCCAAAGAGAACGUUCCUUUUUUUAUCAAGUGCUGUAUUUAUUUCUGUCCUGUCCAUUUGACUUUCUUUAAUCAGAGGAUGAAGAACAGAGGGUCUCCUUCAUGCAUGAACAAACACUCAGAGUGUGUUUGGAGUGUUUGCUUGUAAUAAGAUUUUAUUUAUGAAGCGAUAAGAAAUGAGGAGUUCUCUCUCUCUGAGGUGAUUACUCAAAGGAUGAAUUAUCAAAGAUAUUUUUAGGACCUGAAGAAAGAGGAGAGAUAAGAUUUCAACACUCCUUAGAACAUGUUGUCCGCUGUUGUUCCUCACCAGUAUACAGUAGUGAAGUUAACCUGUAGUUUCAUCCCGAUCCCGUCUUUAAAACCCUGAGACGAGGAAACAUUGAAACUCUUUUACUCUGAUUAGCACAUUCGCUCUUCUGCACUUUGAGGAUCAAAGCUGUGCCUCCGAGUGGUUCCUGUUUGAGUCUGAACCUGUUCAGGUCAGUAAGGAUUAAUAGGUCUGAUUCAUGUCCCUGAUUGAAUCCACUCCUCAUCCUCAGUAUUGUGUGAGUGAAUGUGCGUCAGAGCGAUGAAGCACAAACACGUGAUUUUGUACAUUUUAAAGUGAAAUGUCAGAAAGUUUGUGGGUGUAAAUUUGGGGUUUUUGAAUCUACUGUGUGUGUGUGUGUGGGUGGACAGGUUUGGUGUCUUAUGAAAUAAGGAGCAAUAUAUUGUCCGUCUGUUAAUGUAGAGUUAAUAAGUCAUUAUUUAUUUGGGGUUUAAGUGUACUUAUAAGUUGUGUAAGUGUGUGUUCACCCAUGUUUACUCUUUUAGUGUGUUUACAAUGUGUGCUUCCAUUUUUUUUUACAUGCAUUGGACCCUAAAACUAUCUGGACACAUCACUGAUUCUUGAUUUGAUGAUAGAGUUGCUGCGUUCUUCUCACAGACACCUUACAGCAGUUUUUAAACGAGUCUUAAUGUUUGUUUUCAGUUCUUUAAAGAUGGCCGACCUGGUGUUUUCUGUCUGUGUGGUGUCAGAGGAGAGACUCUUCUUCUCUCUGUGUGUCGUCUCCAGUAAUGUCAUGUGGUUAGCAACAGCACACGCUAAUCACCGGGGUAUUUAUGGUCUCUGUUCCCUCCUUUGGUCGGGGAAACCUGGAGUAACCGUGCUUCUGAUGGCACGCUGUCCUGUUAUGUAAGCCUGCAGACACCUGCAGUGGACCUCUGUUUAUUUGGACAGAUGGGUUUUGGCUGAUUCCUGUUAUUUCAUAAUUCCACAGGUGGAGGAGAGGAGUCUGGAUUAUAUGACUCCCUCUCUUUGUGUCAUGAAGAUCUGGGCUUGAACUUUUCAUACCAGCAGUGUUCUUCUCUCUGCACUCAGAAAAACAUGAACACAGACAAAUGUUUGAAAUCUGAUUUCCGGUAUUCAUUUGAAAAUAAAAGUCCAUUUGAAUAUGUUGA